CUUUACUUGAAAUUCUCGAGAGCACAACCGGCAAGUGUACUGACUGAACAUGUCAUUUUCCCUUGGGCUGCUCUGUCGCCAAUGUUGCCAUUCAAUACUUAGUCCACGGCCAGCUCUCGUUCGAGGGUUUUCUUCAACACCCGUCGUAGCCGUACGGCGAAUUAAAAAGAUCCCCGUGCUCUCCAAGAAAGCCCUUGCAGCAAAGGCAAGAAAGCGAGCAGCGAAGGCUCGCAAGCACAUAUACGAGAAUGAGAAGAUGACUCUCGAAAGCGCUAUUGACGUGAUCCGUGCGGUCGAAGUCGCUAAGUCAAGUGCUACCUACGAGCUAGUAAUCAAGACUGCCAUGAGCCGUGGAUCUAUCAUCCCAAAGGGACGUAUCGCUCUCCAUCGUGAAACUAAAACGCGCCCCGAAGACCGCAUCCUCGUAUUUGCCGAGGGCCGUCAGGCAGACGAGGCAAAGAGUGCAGGUGCACACAUUGUUGGUGGAAUUGAGCUGGCAGAUGGUAUAAUCAGCGGAAAACAUCACGCAACCACCAUUCUCUGCUCCACAGCCCUCAUCCGAACCAUCACCCCCAAGCUCGGACGUGUCCUCGGACCGCGUGGUUUGAUGCCUUCUGAACGUCGCGGGACGGUUACAGAUGAUUUUGCCGGCUACUUGCGGCGACUUUCCGGUACGGCAGAGUGGAAAGGCGACAAGAAUGGCGUCAUUCGGAUCCCCAUUGGCAAACUCCACUUCCCAAUAGAAGACGUAGUUAAAAACGUCAGACAAUUCGUGACUGCUGUCAAACGAGUGACCGGGAACCAGAAGGAUACCGAGGAGAAGGGAAAGAGCAAGAGCGUCAAACCCGUCAAUGCCAUCACGCGUGUUAUGUUGAGCUCAACGCAGUCACCCAGCAUCCAGAUAUCGGACAUUUGAUAUAGCAGUGUUGAUCGGGUACUAGACUACUUGGCAAUGAAAGUUUCAAUUUCAACUUGAGAGCAAUGCGUUGAUCGUGCACCCUUGCAAAAA